AACUCCUAAUUCUCUUCCCUCUUUCCCUCUCUAUAAAACUCAUCCUCACUCACUACCAUUCUCUCUUCAAAUCCAUACAAAGGGGUUUUUUGAUCUUUGCAAGUGCGAACCUCAACUCUACUUUUGGACUCCUGCCCCUCUUUCUCCAUCUCUCUUUCUAAAAUUCUUUCCCUCACUCUUUAUACCAUUUUCGCUUCAUAUCUCUACAGUGGUUUCUGUAAUAUGCCAUGGUUCUUGUAAUAUUUGAUUUCUCUCUCUAAAAGCCCUCUCCUAUUCAAGUUUCCACAAUGGUUUUUGUAAUAUUUGCUUUGCUUUUUCUCUCUCGUCUAUAACCAGAACUUCCCUCAAAAGGUUUUUGUAAUGUUUAAUUAACCCUCUUUCUCUCUUAAACCCCCUUUCUCUCUCUAGUUUCUACAAUUUUUUUUUUGUACUCUCUUCAAGUAGUUUUUGUACUACUUGCUUUGUCCCCCCCCCCCCUCUCUCUCUCUCUCUCAAAAAUGGUGUUUGUAAUCUUGGCUUUGCUUCUCUCUCUAUUCUCUUUCACUAUAAUAAUCAAAUGUAUAUACGUUUAUCUCUGGUGUCCUUUUAAGCUCGAAUCCGAGUUUAGAAGGCAAGGGAUCUCAGGGCCUGGUUAUAGGCCACCCUUUGGAAACGCCCCCCAAAUUGUUAAAUUUUACAAGGAUGCCGAAUCCCACCCCAUCUCUUUCUCUCACCACAUUCUCCCAAUGGUUGCGCCUCAAUAUCACCACUGGUCCCCUGUUUAUGGGAAAACCUUUCUGUACUGGUUUGGGUCCAAGCCAAGGCUGGCCAUUGGAGAGCCAGAGCUUGUAAGAGAGGUUCUCUUAAAAACAGGGGGUCCUUUUGAAAAGCUCGAUUUUAGCCCUUUGUCAAGGCAUUUGGUGGGCCAAGGGCUUGUGGGCUUGAAGGGGCAAAAAUGGAGUUUGCACAGAAAGAUGAUAAAUCCUGCUUUCCACAUGGAUCAAGUCAAGGCAAUGGUCCCGACGAUAGUCGCAAGUACCACAAACAUGUUAAAAGAAUGGGAGCAAGUUGUUGGGGGCAAUGAAUGUGAGAUAGAAAUAUACAAAGAGCUUCAUAGGCUAACAGCUGAUGUCAUCUCAAGAACAGCAUUUGGUAGCAGCUAUGAAGAGGGCAAAAACAUCUUCAAAAUGCAAGAGGAACAAAUGCUCUUGGUUUCUGAAGGUCUACGCAGUGUAUAUAUCCCCGGAUUCAGGUUUGUGCCAACUAAGAAGAAUAGGAGGAGAUGGAAAGUGGAAAGUGAUAUAAGAUCAGCACUGCGACAACUGAUCAGCAACAAAGGAGGCAAGAGAGAAAAUUGUGGAACUCUAUUGGGCCUUAUGUUAUCUGCGAAUCAUGAUCAAGGGAGUGAAGAUCAAAGGAUGGGACUUGAAGACAUCGUGGAUGAAUGCAAGACAUUUUACUUUGCUGGAAAGGACACCACUGCGAAUCUUUUGACAUGGGCUGUCAUCCUUCUUUCUGUACACACAGAAUGGCAAACCAAAGCCCGUGACGAAGUGCUCAAUGUUUGUGGUGAAAGUCCAGUCGGAGAGAGCUUAAACAACCUCAAAAUUGUGGGUAUGAUCUUGAAUGAAACCUUGCGACUCUAUCCUCCUGCCGCUUUGGUCCUUCGCCAGACUGCUGAAGAUUUGAAACUCGGGCAAUUUCACUUGCCUAAAUCUACACAACUAUACUUGCCUAUAGCCGCCCUUCAUCAUGAUCCUGAGCUCUGGGGUGAUGAUACUGACACCUUCAAUCCUGACCGCUUCUCAGAGGGACCAUCCGCUGCUCGAAAACAUCCUGCAGCCUUUAUACCAUUUGGGUUCGGGCCUCGAACAUGUAUAGGCCAAAGCUUGGCUAUCGUUGAAGCCAAAGUUGUUCUUGCCAUGCUCUUGGGUCGCUUUGCCUUUGAGGUCUCUCCGUCCUAUGUUCAUGCACCCAUGCUGCUCCUCACAGUGCAGCCGCGGUAUGGAGCACAGGUUGUCUUGCGCAGGUUGCGAGGAUGAAGGAAAAGGAGGUGUUCCGUGUUCCAGUGGAGUGCAGUUUAUGGUACCCCAAAGGGCCAUUCACACUCCAUUGUGAUGUUUUACGGUUGGGAUUAUCGGCAGUUGUGUAACUGUCUUGUGAACUGCAUGUGGUAUUAAUGUUGCAGACCCAUGCGAGUCCUUAGAGUACGUGUCCUUUAAAUGAAGUGGGUUUUUUGGGCUCUUUGCCCUGAUGUAAAAUUGUUAAGUUGGGGAAGAUAAUCUUGUUCUUUUGGCAUGUAAAUAUGUGAGAUUUGAUUGGAAGUGGAAAUAUCAAGUGGGUAUCGCAGGCUCUCUUGCCCACUAAACGCUAAGUGUGGUAUUAGUUAAGAUGUAAUAGAAAUGUGGUUUUAUGCUUGU